GUGCUUUGCAUCCUUUUAUGCUUGUUUGUCAUAGCUUAUUUUAAUCAAUUAUUCUUAUAGAUUAAGGAUCAUUAUAAUAAUGCUCCAAGUUUUGGAAUUAUUCCUAAAGUUUCGAGCACGGAGGAAAAUUGUUUGGAAUUUUUCCAAAAGUUUUACUCCAAGAAGUCUAAUUUCAAUACCAAAGAGGAGUUCAAGAAAGAUUUUGGUAGAAUUGCCUCUAAAUUACCAAAAUCUUAGGAGUACUUGCCUAUGAUGGAAUCUCUGGACAUGACUCAGGUGAUAGAAGAUUACAACUACAGACUUGCUGCCAUUGCUUAUAGCUUAAAUGUAAUUCAAGAAGUUUAACAAUUAGACUGGCUCUCAUACCUACUCAAUCAAAAUGCCCACUAACACAUAUGGAAAAUAUAUUACCAUCUUGGGCUUGGAUACUUACAAAUCCAACAGUUACCAAAAUAACUUUGAUAUUGGCAAGCUAAUCUUCAAUGGAAUUGAGAUCCUAAGCUGUCUCACUUUAGAUCAGACAUAGUCUUCUUUCUUGCUAAAACAAUAUGUAUUUCUUUUUGGGAUUU